AUGUGUGGAGAGAAGAAAGCUGGUGCUCCAACGGGUACGCCCUGCUGGCUCUCUAUUCCCUUCGCAGCUUCGCUGGGUUGCAGGCUUCAAAUUGGAGCAGGUCGUCCUCAUUUAACCCGCAUCGGGAUCGAGCAAUGUGGUUGCGGUGAAGGAAAGACUGGAGAGCCAAGGAAGACUCGGGAACAUCUGUCUCUGAUGGUCUCUUGGGAACGUGGCGGACUUGUCACGUCAACAAUUUCCACAGAGUUUCGAGAGACGGCUCCCGCGUCUAUCAGCAGCAAAUUAGUCGAUAAUGUCUCUGUGUAG